UGGCUGCCUGCCUCAUGUUGUGCGUUUUCCAUUCGAAAUGGUUUCCACUGCUUUUUUUGCCGAGAGAGAUUUGAACCCACAACCUACCGAGUCAGGGUCACAAACGCUUGAACCUACCACACGGACGGGGCGACCGGUUUUUGCUUGCGUGGACAGGUUGUUAUUGUAGUAGUUGUCGUGUUUAGUAGAGAGGACGUGAGUCGCCCUCUAUGCAUAUGGUCAUUGUAGGACCACAACCAUUCUUAUCAUGCAUGGGAAAAAGUUGUCUUACUCGUUUGUUGGAACGGAGCUUACAGACAAAACCGCAACACAUUUACCUAAUAGGUGGUUUGCGUACGUGUUGGGGAAAAUUGCGCGGAUGGGGGGUGCAACCACCCCCAGCGGUGAACGCACCCCGGCGUCGUAGGGGGGUGAUCCGGGGGUUGAAUCAUGCGAUGUAUGUUGCCCAAGAUGGGGGAUCUUUUGGAUUCUUUUCGUUUCCGUUACUUGCAAGUAUUGUGUUGUUUGGCGCAUCGCGUGCACAUCCAUCUGUCUCUAUAUUUCCUCGCUUCCCGAAUAUAAUAUAUGCUAGCGAUAUCUGAUUGUUGUCUAGGGACUCUUGUUGCAGAAGUGCCUUCGUUCUGUUUUUUCGUCGAUGUUUUUUGUUCUACAUCGCGUAGUAGGUUAUGUUCGUUUGAUUUUUGAACGAUUGGGUAUGUAUGUCUAUACCCUAUUUGGGCGGGCCGGGGUAGUUGGCCUUGUGGCCACGGAAGACGUGCGUUCAUCCGCGUCAGUUGGAUGGGUACCUACCUACGGGUGGUUGGGUGCUGAGAGGAGGCCGGGACGAGUUGAAAUGUGACGACAACAAACAACGUUGUGAACAAAAAUAAUAGUGGUAGGCGUUCCGAAAAGGGAAAAAAAGGAGGACAGACACAACCAAGCGUUAAUGUCUACAACCGAACCGUCCUCGGGUGGGUGGGUGCGUGCAUGUACGUAUGCAUACAUGUAGUGACUCAUCUGGUCUGCCGUAGAAUAUUAAGUGGUCAUCAAUAACGGAACCGAUCUACAUUUUAUCGUUUGAUGUUUGUUGAAAAGCAUGGGAGAUUGGGGGCGAGUUCGCCGAUCGAGUGAAAAGAGGCGAUGGUUGGGUGGACGGUUAUACAACAAAAAAUAGUGGUACUAGUGCGGGGAGACAAACGAUGUGCCACAGUGCAAAAAAAUAAAUGAUGAAAUGACCG